UCUGAACAGGAAUUAAGAAUAACUCAAAGUGAAUUUGAUCGUCAAGCAGAGAUUACCAGACUUCUGCUAGAGGGAAUCAGCAGUACACAUGCCCAUCAUCUCCGCUGUCUGAAUGACUUUGUAGAAGCCCAGAUGACUUACUAUGCACAGUGUUACCAGUACAUGUUAGACCUCCAGAAACAACUGGGAAGUUUUCCAUCUAAUUAUCUUUCUAACAACAAUCAGACUUCUGGGACACCUCUGCCAUCUACUUUAUCAAAUGUGGUUGGUUCUUCUGCCAUGGCUUCAACAAGUGGCCUAGUGAUCACCUCUGCUUCCAGUGUCAGUGACCUUAAAGAGUCAAGUGGCAGCAGGAAGGCCAGGGUUCUCUAUGAUUAUGAUGCCGCAAACAGUACUGAACUAUCACUUCUGGCAGACGAGGUGAUCACUGUAUUCAGUGUCAUUGGAAUGGAUUCAGACUGGCUAAUGGGGGAAAGAGGAAAUCAGAAGGGCAGGGUGCCAAUCACCUACUUAGAACUGCUCAAUUAAAUAGGGGGACUUUGAAAUUUACCAUCAUGACACCAUAUUUAUAAACAGUUAACUCUAAAUAAAGCAGUUUUAAGUGUCUUCCAUGUUACUGUCUUAAGAGACUGGGAGGAAAAAAAAGAAAAAAAAAAACCAGUCAUGAGAAACUGGCCUUUCUGCCAAUGAAGUUGCAUGGUAAAUAUUCCAUUACAGAAUUUAUGUUAGAGCUUUCAUGCCAAGAAUGUUUUCUUACAAAAUUCUCUUUCUACUGAGGUUUCACUAAUAAGCAGCUUCUACUUUUGAGCCCCAAUUUAAAGCAGAAGAAUUGUUUUUACUGACUUUUUCAUUAAUAGCAAGCUUUUUCUUUUAUGUAAAAUAAAUUUAUUGUGAAU